GAGCAGAUCCAGUGUGUUUUUUUUCUUCUUCCCCGCAGUACUUUGUAAUUCGAUCGGCGGUGAGCAAUGGAGCCCGAUCCUUCUUCUUCUUCUUCCUCAAUUCAAAUUCCAGCAGGGGAGUAUGAGGUCUUCCUGAGCUUCAGGGGCCCCGACGUCCGCAACACAUUUGCCGACCACCUCUACAACUCCUUGGCGCGCUCCAAGAUCCGGACAUUCAGGGACGAGGAGGAGCUCCGAAAGGGGGAAGGGAUCGCGCCUUCUCUUGUUCGCGCCAUCCUCGAAUCCAAGAUAUACAUCCCCAUUCUAACCAAGCAGUACGCUUCCAGCAAAUGGUGCCUUCAAGAAUUGGCCCAAAUGGUGGAUUGCUGGAAGCAAGAGAAAGGGCACCUCAUCCUCCCCAUUUUCUACUUCGUUGACCCUAGGGACGCAAGGCAUCAACAGGGUCCUUACGAGGAGGCAUUUGAACAGCACGCCCAGAAACACAGCAUUCAAACUGUGGAGGAGUGGAAGGAAGCCCUACGAGAGGUUGGGCAGAUGAAAGGAUGGCACGUUACAGAAUCCCAUGGACAGGGAGGUGUGGUAGAGGAGGUUUUGUCCAAGGUGGAGUUGCAUUUGAGGAGUGUUUACACGUUGGUGACUGAUGAGCUGGUGGGUAUUGACGCUCAUGUGGAAGAAGUGAUGAAGUUGCUGAACUUAGGCUCGUCCGAGGGGACGGUCAUCGUCGGCAUUCAUGGAAUGGGUGGUAUAGGUAAAACCACUCUAUCGAAAGCUGUAUAUAAUAAGAUCUGUAAGCAAUUUGAUCGUUGUUGUUACCUGGAAGACGUGAGGGAGACAUUGGCAAAGGGUGAUGGAGUGGUAUGUUUGCAGAAUAAGGUUAUCUCUAGUAUUUUGAAGGACGAUUGCCAGGUUAAAAAUGUCAGCGAAGGAAUCAACGUGAUAAAAGAGAGGGUUGCCAAGCACAGAGUGCUUCUUGUUAUCGAUGAUAUUGAUGACAAGUUUGAAUUUGAUCGAGUUUUUGGAAAACUUGGGGACUUUUCUUUAGGUAGUAGAUUUAUAUGUACAACAAGAGACAAGAGGGUUUUGGAUUUCCUUCAAGGAUGCAAGUUGUACGAACCUGGAGAAAUGAGUCAUGAUCAUUCCCUUCGGCUUUUCAGUAAACAUGCUUAUGGUAUGGAGCAUCCUCCAGAAGCUCUGGAGGAUGCUGCAACUCUGUGCGAGGAAUUCGUAAAAGUUGCAGCUGGGCUUCCAUUAGCUCUUAAGGUUAUAGGUUCACUUUUAUUCCGCAGAGAUAGGAGAUUUUGGGAAGAAAAGUUAAUAGAGUUACAAGAUAUACCUUCUACUGAAAAUAAAGUGCAGGAGAGAUUGAAGAUAAGUUACAAGGAGUUGAGCCGCACCGAGAAACAAAUCUUUCUCGACAUAGCUUGUCUUUUCAUCGGAAUGGACAAAGAGAUACCUUACUACAUGUGGUCCGGGUGCGAUUUUCAUCCAGAGAGUGGGAUCAACACUCUCAUUUUUAGAUCCUUGCUAAAAAUUGAUGAAGAAAAUGGAUUCUGGAUGCAUGAUCACAUUAGGGAUCUUGGGAGAGCCAUUGUCAUAGAGGAGGAUAUUCAACGUCCAUAUAGGCGCAGUAGGAUAUGGUCAUCUGAAAAAGGGUUGAACAUGUUAAUGAGUGGGGAGGGAAAUGAUCGAGUGGAAGUUCUUAGGAUCCAGUUGGACCGUACAGAUAGACAGCUUACAAACAAGGACUUCAAAGAACUGUCAGGAUUAAGGUAUCUUGAAGUGCAGCACGGAAGAUUGAAAGGGGAUUUCAGCGACAUUCUCCCGAAUUUGUCUGCCCUUCAAUUGUAUCGCUGUAAAUCAAUCCCCACCGAUCUUAACACAAAGAAGUUGGCAGUUCUCCAUCUGGAAGCUUGCUAUGUGACAGACGACUGGAGAGGGUGGAAGAAGGGAAUGCAGGCAGCACACAAGCUGAAAGUCAUUAACCUACCGAGCUGCUUCAAGUUGACAAGACCUCCCGACUUGUUGCCGUGUAAAAGCCUGGAGGUGAUGAACUUCGAGGAUUGUUCGAAGAUGGAAGGCGAGUUAGAUAUUACUAACUUCAAGAAUCUGAAGACACUGAGACUAGCCAGUACCAAACUAACUAAGUUAGUUCCGAACAGUGGCGACAGCAGCAUCAGAACGCUUCGACACCUCAGGGAGAUCGACGUGGCGGAGACCCAGUUGCAAGAACUCCCUGUCGAAAUCGACAGGUUGCCGUCGCUUGAGAUCCUGAACUUGAUAGGCAUAUUCACAGCCACCCCGCUGCGGUUGAAGCUGCCUCCCAGACUUCCCACGAGCCUAAAGAGAUUAUCCCUCUCCUCUCGUGAUGGGGUUCCGAAUCUCAUCGAGCUCAAGGAGCUAGAGUCUCUGAAGUUUCUCGGCUCGUGCAAUCUUCGAAUCCCAGGAGAGAUUUGGCAGCUAACCAAAUUGAAAGAAUUGACUAUACUGCAAUCCCCGUGCGAUACUCUGCUGACGACGACGAUGCACCCUGCCGCCCUCCCAUCUUCUUUAACAACCCUCGACGUUCAGGAUUGUGGGCCUUUGAAGAGCCUUCCCAGCCUGGCGAAUCUGCACAAUUUGACGUUUCUCAGCCUGAAAGACCUCGAGGCACCGGAGAUUCUCGGCGUGGGGGAGCUGAGAGCUCUGGAGACAUUGGUGAUAUCGGAAGCCCCGAACCUGAAGAACCUCGACGGGCUUCAGAAUCUGCUCCAUCUCACGUGCUUCAGGGCGCAAACCUGCGCCGCGCUGGAGAGACUGCCAAAUGUAGCGAGCUUGACCAAGCUGGGGUUACUGAUCAUCGGUGGGUGUCCUGUUCUCGCUGAGAUCCCGGGGCUGGAGCUCCUCACAGAAUCCUUGUACUUUCUAAAAAUCACCGAAUGUCCCAAGUUGCAGGACGUCGUGGACAGGAUUCCAUUCCUGUCGGCCCUGAAUUUUCUGAUUUUCGAAGAGCAACAUUGCCCGGUGGAACGAUUCCCUGACGUGUCCCGUCUCGGCGACCUGACGUCGCUGGCGAUCCACGGCUGUUGGAAGCUGACGGAGGUUGCAGGUCUGGGGAGCCUGUCCGGGUCGCUGAUAUCGCUGACCCUGGAGGGCUGCACCUGGAUGCGGAAGCUGCCGGACGGUCUGUCCGGGCUCAGGAGCCUGCAGAAUCUGCACGUCAGUAGCUGCGUGCUCUUGGUCGAAGCGACGGGGAUCGAGAGGCUGGCGUCGUUGCGCUACCUGACGAUGUCGGAUUGCUAUUCGAUGAAGGAGAUGCCGGAUCUGUCCGGGCUCGCGAGCUUGGCGGAAUUGGUGCUGAAGGGAUGCGUGGAGCUGAGGGAGGUGAAGGGGAUCGAGGGGCUGGAGUCGUUGAGGAAGCUGUUGGUGACUGGUUGCAGGUCGCUGCAGGAAUUGGGGGAUCUUUCUGGGUUGAAGAACUUGAGUGAAUUUGAUGCGACGGGAUGCGAGCUGCUGAGGGACGGUAAUGGAGUCGAGGCGGGGAAGAGGGCGAUGGUGAAGCGCUUUGUGGGUUCGGCGGUGAGAUAUGGGAUGCUGCGGCUGACUCGAUUUGUGGGGAUCUCAGGCGGAGGAGCACCUGACGGUGGGAGUUCUUCCUAGCUAGGCUAUUCCUGAACUGUUAGAUGUUUUACUUCGUUCCCUGUCCAUUUUUUUUGUAUAUCCUUCAAACAUUUGUGUGCAUUUCUGUCUGCUUUUGCCACUUUUAAAUCUCCCAUUUGUUAAGCCUUUUAACCUCUAAUACGCCCCCUCAAACGAAAGCCGAUGCCGAAUUGUGGAUUUUUACGGUUUGCACAGGUUGAACCCUUGUGCUGCCAAACCACGAGGCUUUAGUUUGCACAGGUUGGACAUACCAUUCCUUGUGCUAAACGAAUUGGCAUGAAAUGGGGGUCGUUAUGAGGAUUCGAAACCAUGACCUUUCGGUUCUAGGCUCUGAUACCAUGUUAGCGAACUAACCACUUGGUCCCAAUAACUCGAGUUUUUG